GGAACAAAUUAUUCUAGAACUCUGAUCUUCCCUUUGACCCUAAGUCACCAUGAAGAUCCCUUCCGCUCUCUACGGGGUGUUGUUGCUUACCACCAAAGCUAUAUCGCAUCCGCUUGGCGAACAGACUAAUGAUGGAAACACUAUUACUCUCUACGGCUACAAUGAUAGUACUAUUCGACAGCUCUUCUAUGCUGAUGGUCUCGCAUACUUCGGGGACUCCUCUGCUUGGACUGGCUCUGUUGUCACUGAUGUGACUUUUGACUACUCAUCCAACCCUGGAACAUUGUCGGCCAAAGCGGUAACAAAUGGCGUGACACUCCCCGAAAAUACCCUGCUGUAUAUCCGUCCCGACACCACGACCCCUCUGCCGUUAGGCUUUACAGGUAGUAGUACCCCCUCUGGUGUCGUAACCGAUAGGUGGUCCUUUUACGAGACAUACGCCUUCUAUGAGGAAACCAACGGGAACGAGCUUCAAUAUUUUUACGUUAAGGAAACAGAUGUGACGGGAAUUUGGCAACUUUACUGGGAUCCUGUAGAUGAACUUAGUGGCUAUACAAGGAUUAUCCUUCGUGAUUAUAUUCCCGAGUGAGGUCUUCCUCAUGUUCAAGGAGACUUUCUCUUAAGACACCAUUUGUGUUUUUCUUAAUGGUGAAUGAUUCCUAAAAGGAAUGGGGGAGGGGGGAAG